AUGGGCGGCAGCGAGCAGGAGUUCCCACUGCUAACUUCACUCGGCCUGUUCGCUUCUGAUAUCCGUGGUGAUGGCAACUGCCUCUUCAACGCCCUCUCCGACCAGCUCUACGGCCACCAGAACGAGCAUGUCGCUAUACGACAGCGUGUCAUAGAAUAUAUGCGAGAGCACGCCGACUACUACAAGCAAUUCAUCGAUGUGCACCCAGGCGGCGGAAUCAGACGAAAUCCGAAACGGAAAAAUGCUGGGGCAUAUUCUUCGCCAGCCAAUUUCACUCCUCCCUCCACUGCUGAAAUCGACCGUGUCUUUGAAAGCCAUCUCGACAGUAUGGCACGUGGUGGCACCUACGGAGAUAACAUGGAGAUCACCGCCUUCUCAUCUGCCUUCGGGUAUGACGUGAAGAUCUACCAGCGAGACUUCGCCUUCAUGGUGACCGGUGCACAUGGAGAUGACGCCGACCGGCCUGUUGCCCACAUUGCAUAUCACAUGUGGGAACACUACUCUUCCAUACGAAACCUCGACGGACCAUACCACGGUCCCCCGAACGUGUCGCCGAAAGUACUGUCCCCCGAAGAAGAGCAGAGGCAGCAAGAGAAGCUUGCACACACACCCCACGUGCUGCCCUGGCAGAUUGAAGUGGUGGAGAAGUCAUUGCCAUAUCUGGCCGAUAAGAUCACGAUCAAGCGUGCCCUCGAGGCCGCACGUGGCAACAUCAAUAACGCCGUUGAUGCACUCAUGGAAGCAGAAGAGAACGGCAGCACGUCAUCACACGUGGAGAGUUCGAGUGUCGAGCGUGACCAUGACAGUGAUGACGACUUGCACGACGGACCCAACAAGAAGCAAGACAGGCGUAUGAGCCGAGCGUCACGAGCUCUGAAAGAGCGUGGCAAGGACACCAGACACGCGUUAUCGCAGCUAUCUACCUACGAUGGAAGUCAGGAGUCCUUCGGCAGCUUCGAUUCAGAAGCCUCCAGCCAGCCGGACUCGUCACAGCAGUCGACAGCCACACAGCCCACGUCAACAGACGACCGAGAGACCAAGCCGACUUCAAACCCAUCCGAUCCCUCUGGAGUCUCACCCCCCAAGGCAGUACCUCGUCUGAAGCUUCACGGCCCUCGGAAACCGCCAGAUACCAACCAGCGGGCCGGCAAAACGUCCCAGAAGCAGACAGGCCCUCGCGUGACAGCCAGAGACCGCAAAGACAUCAAGAAACAGGCGCAGAAAGCCGCUCGUAAGGAACGGUCCCAGGCCGAUUGCAAGAGAACAGAGUCGCCAUCUGCCGCUGGCCUGGCACUUCGAGCGAAAGGCUUGACCGAGACGCCGCCUGUGGAGACCUUACGGACUCUUUACAUUUGA